GGCGGCGAUGGCGAUGAGGGAUCUCGUCACCGGUGGGGCGGCCUGCGCCGUCCCCGGCACCGCCUCCUCCUCCUCCUCCAAUCCCUUCGGCGGCCUCGCCAACGCCAUUCUUGGGUCGUCGUCCAAGGCUCAGGAGUUGAAGGGGCUUCCUGAAACAUCAGUUAAUGUCCCUGGUUCAUCUUCUGACUUUGGGCCUGAAGCUUCUUUGACAACCAUUCCAGGGUCAGAAUAUGAGAGUCAGCAGUACCAGCAACUGGAUGCUCCGACUUCUGAGUUUCUACAUGGCUUCCGAACUGCUGAUCAUGGUCUUGAAGAUGCUUGGGAUGAAAUUCAUCGACCUCCAGUUCUUCCCCAUGCUCUAGGCAGAGAAGGUCAACCUCACUUUGCUGAGUUUGAGCAAAUUUAUGACCAUGGUGGCAGUUCUAUCCUUCAACCCACUUGGGAUGGACCACCACAGAGAGUGUUGUCUAGUUUCUUGCAUUCCUUUGUGGACAGUGGUCGCGCAGGUGUUCCAUUCCGUCCAACAGCACUACCAGUUCUUGGGUUGUCUGAAGUUGACAAACAAUGCAUACGUGAUCGUAGCUGCAUAAUGGCUAGACAUAUUUUUGCAGAUAAAAGCGAAGAGUUCAUUAGUGCACAGGUAAAUGCAUUGCUGCACUCUCUGGAUAUCGAUAGUGAUCAUAGAAUUAGAGGCCCCAUGAAUGGACCUUUUCGAGAGUUGGAAGAAUAUUGGAAUGAGUCUCAAAGUGCCAUGAAAUCUGGGAUGCCUAAUUCUGCAGAUAGAUGGGCUACUGAAUUUAAUCAACAAAGGGAGAAUGGUGACCCUGAGGCCUGGGCUCAUUCUUUUGAACAACUACAUGGUGCUAAUGGUUGGGCAUCUGAAUUUGAGCAGGAACGAUCACAAAUGGCAUCAUUGGGUCAGAUAAGGGGUGGAAACAUGUCCAAUAUAGCAGCUAUGGAGCAGAGCCGUAUGCUUGCACAUACUUUAGCACAAAAUACCGAGCCAAAAUUUCAGAAUUCAAAGUUUCUCCAGUUUGUUUCAAAGAUGAGUCGUGGUGAGCUUAUGGUUGAUGAGAAUCAAAUCAAGCCAGCUACUGGAUCUAUCACUGCUGAUUGGGCUGAUGAAUACCAAGCACAAUAUAAUGUUGGUCCUAACUCUUGGGCUGAUCAGUUUGCACAUGAAGAGCUUUCACAAGGAACAGAUAAGUGGGCGAAUGAGUUUGCCAAGGAACAUCCACAGCACAAAGUUGAUGAUCAAUGGGUAAAUGAGUUCUCCAAAUUGCAUGUCCAAGACUGGGCAGAGGAAUUUGGACAGCAGGUCAGUGAUGGUCUUCUUGGGGAAAGUUCCGCAGAUAAUUGGGCAGAUGCAUAUGAUAAGUACCUUGAUGAACAACUACUAGCAUCCAAGCAACAGUCCAGUACAUCAAGAGGGGUUUAUGUCUUUUCUGAUAUGAACCCAUAUGUUGGUCAUCCCAAUCCUUUGAAGGAAGGGCAAGAGCUCUUUCGCAAGGGACUUUUAAGUGAAGCUGUUCUCGCUUUAGAGGCUGAAGUUUUAAAGAAUCCUGACAAUGCUGAAGGUUGGAGGUUGCUGGGAAUAACACAUGCAGAAAAUGAUGAUGAUCAACAGGCUAUUGCAUCCAUGAUGCGUGCCCAGGAAGUAGAUCCAACAAACCUUGAAGUGCUUCUUGCUCUUGGAGUUAGUCAUACAAAUGAAUUAGAGCAAGCAGAGGCGUUGAAGUAUCUUUACAAAUGGCUUCAAAAUCAUCCAAAGUAUGGGGUGCUUACUCCCCCAGAGCAAGCCGAUUCCCUAUAUUAUGCUGAUGUAGCGAGGUUGUUCAAUGAAGCUGCUGAGAUGUCACCUGAGGAUGCGGAUGUCCAUAUAGUACUUGGCGUGUUAUACAACCUGUCAAGGGAAUAUGACAAAGCCAUAAAAUCUUUUCAGACAGCAUUAAAACUCAAACCACGUGAUUACUCUCUCUGGAACAAACUUGGUGCAACUCAAGCCAAUAGCAUUCAAAGUGCAGAUGCAAUAUUGGCAUACCAACAGGCCCUAGACUUGAAGCCCAAUUAUGUUCGUGCAUGGGCAAAUAUGGGUAUCAGCUAUGCGAAUCAGGGUCUGUAUGAAGAGUCCUUACGAUACUAUGUGAGAGCACUUUCAAUGAAUCCUAAAGCAGACAAUGUAUGGCAAUAUUUAAGGAUUUCUCUCAGUUGUGUAUCUCGGAAUGACAUGUUUGAAGCUUGUGAUUCACGAAACCUCGAUGUUCUUCAGAAAGAGUUUCCACUGUGAUCUUGCAUGUACCAUAGACCAGAAGUCUUCAGUAUUACCACAUGAUGGAAGGUAAGUCGCACAUAGUAAAAGAGUAAUGUUUGAAAAUGCAUAACCAGGACUAUGCUAAUUUACAUUCAGAUUUUGGCCUUGAAUGUUGAUUCUGAUAAUUUGCAUCCUCCGUUGAGACAAGAAGCCGAUGUACAAUAAGAUUUAAGCUGGCCUACCAAUUCGGAUUUAGAAUUUUGGAGGCUAAGCUUCAUAUUGAAGACCUGGACUGGAAUCAACGAAAAGUCAAAAUGGGCAUUAGGCCUACCAGACGGAAUCUAUAGAGCCAAACAAUAACAUUUAUUUUGGCAGUGUAUAAAUCAGAAAAUUGAAUCUUGUUGGGUCACAAACUCACAUUAUCAUUAUAUGGAGUUGGAGGGGCCAAGAAAUAUCUGGGAAAUGAAUGUUCAUAUUUAUACUAAUAUAUAUUGCAGUUCAUAAGCAUUAUUUUGCUGAAUAA